AGGACUUCGCCGAGCAUCGACCAGAGGGCGUUGGAUAUCCAACAACAUGGCCGUCUAACACCGACACCCCGUGCAAGUCUUCGCGAAGCUGACCAGCCGGAUUUCAAGGAAGGAAGAACACCGCGUCAUCGAGGCGACCGGAAACAACAAAUUCCACGAACGAGGCAAACAGAAGCUGAUCAAACUGGCGCCGUUCAAGUUCCCGUUCUCGAAGAUGUCGAAGUCGCGCAGCAGCGACGAGAAGGACCGCGAGAAGGAGAAGGAGAAGGAGCCCGACAGCGAGACGGAGAAGGACAAGGAGAACGAGAAGGAGGGCGAGGACGAGGCGGAGAACGAGCGGGAGUUGGCGAAAGACAACCACAAAGACAGGAACGACGCGGAGGACAACGCCAAGGGGGAGAACGUUCAACUAUCCGUGAACCAAUUGCAAUUGGCCACCGAGCCGGAAUCCAAUUUAAAGUCACCAGUGUUUGAUUCGAACAGCCUGAUGGUGAGGAAUGAGCCGGCCAUUCCGAGCUCGCCGCCCCCCUCGUACGAGCACGUUAUCGAACAGACGCGAUUGGAGCACGCCGCCGAGGCGCAGAAGCACGAGACCGACAAAAACAACGUCGCCGAGCUCGCCGAGGAAGACAACAAGACGAAAGGGCCGAUUCUCCACAAAUCGAGCAAGGAGUUCUACAGGGCAAUGGCCAAACAGUGGGGCAUCACUUGCAAGAUGAGCGACCAUUGCAGGUGCUUAGAUUGCCAGAGUCGUUACUUCGACUGCGAGUACGACAAGAACGAGAACCAGAAGACUGACGGCGGCCUCGGCGCCGGGACGCCGAUGUUCAUCUCGGAGGUGAUGCAAGGCUCGGCCUGCAUCCUGUUUUAAGAGGCCGGUAACGGGCUUCUUAGGAUAAUUGGAGGAUGGCUUUCGCGGCUGGUGCCGGUGCUUCCGCAAGGACGGGACGUUCACGUGAUCGCGCACAAACCAGGCCGACUGUUUCACCGAAAAUUGGACCGCAGUCGAGGAAUCGCAGAACCCCAGGACACCUCUCUACCAUAGUCCUGAUUAACAAACGGAACGGAACGGAACGGAACGGCCAGCUGGAUUUUCCUUUAACGACCGUCGAGUCCUUCGUGGUCGUUUUAUUGUUCGGAGAACGUCGUACGGGGCUUCGUGAGCUUCUCUUUGGGCGAUCGUCGCCGAUUCGAAACGAACUUCUCCAACGGUUCGCGAAUCGUCCGAUGCUUACAAUUGUUCGCUAAAUGUUUGGAACACGCGAGACACUCGAAUAAACUGCUCUGCACAUUUUGGUCCCGUUCGUAUACUUCUGAACGGCGCGAAGAUGUGCGGCGGCAUCGAUCAUAAGAUCUUUCUUUGUGUAUCUUGAGUGUCGAAGAAAAUUAUUAUUAUUAUUAUCAUUGGAUAGACUGCUAGUUGUAUAGUAUAAUUCUAAAUAAUAUAUUAGAUGUUAUAUUAUUUUUCUACACAUUAUUACAGGAACAAUGGUACGCGCAUUGUGUUGGUAGACUGCGGAUCUUCGCGGAAAAUACAAAUUUACGAGGCAGAGUCAUCGAAACUCGAGUCAAAUAGGAGAAGCGUUUCUUUUGACGAUCGUUCUAAUAAAUUGAGAAGAAUGUAGGACACGUCCUUAGAAUUUUCCAAGGUCUUCGAAGUUCGUUAUUCUCUCCGAUUUAUAAUUAUCGCGAAUGCGUGAGAUCCGCGGUCUUAAUUACUACCGUUGCAAAUCGUCGGUUUAUGAAGCAUUACGUUGACACGAGUUCCGGUUGAUGUUUCUCCGUCGAUCCUCGUAGCGGAGGCCAACGGAUCUCUAAUAUUGAAACGGUGAAAAUAACGUUCCGUAAUAAAGAUCGUUGAAACGAGGAAUCGAUGGAGACCCAAAGCAAAGGAUCACGAAAAACCAAUGUAAACGGAACGGAGAUUAACAGAAGCGUGUUGCGAGUCUCUGUUUUCCAGCGACCGAACAGCUGACUGUAGCCGCUUGUACAACAGUCGGACCGAUGGUGUUUACGGAGAUUGACCAUCCACGGUGGCUCGUUAACGAACAUUAUCAAUAACCGUAAGCGCCGACGCGGCGGAUGCUGUUAGUCGGAGGAUGAUUUUCAACUUGUCAAUUCGCGGUACAACACGUGUUUGCAUGCUCGCGUUUGCGAUGAUUGGCAGACCCCGAGGAACGACUUCUGAUAGCUCGCGCCAGACCAAAACUUGUUCAAACGGUAUCCGGGACAUCGCGCGCGGAUGCUCGCGUUGUCAUCCCCGGUGAAAAAAAAAA